GCGGGGCCCCUGGUCGUCGCGCUCGCCUCCGCCGCGCUGAUCCUCGGGGACAUCGGGCGCGCAUCCGCAUUCGUCGUCGCCACGCCGUGGAAGCUGCAGGCCAACGAGCUCGCCACCGUGCGCCUCUUCAAGGACAACACCCCCUCCGUCGUCUACAUCACCAACCUCGUCGUCCACAUGGCUGAUUGCCUCGGCUGUGUGGCGCUGGACGAUGGGGUGCUCCAUAAGGUUGAGGCCGCCGCAUACUGGACCGCUGUCGCGCCAAACGUCGAGGAGUAUGGCAGCGUCGUGGCCAGGGCCAUCACAUCCGGCGACGAGAAUGUGGCCAAGGGGAUUCUGUGGCGCGGGGUGAUGACUCGUGGACAUGCUUCCCUGGGGAACGAGGUGCUCGAGAAGAGGAUCCAAAUCGGUGAUACUAAGGCCGAGGUCAGCCCUGAGAUGCUCGGGCGAAUCAAAUGGUUCAGUGGGUCACUUGCAUUGACAAUCGAUUGUGUGUACAUGUGUGUUACCAUAUGAUCCAGCAUUUUGUAUUUCUCAUGGAAGGAUAUGCUUGUGGUCCGGAAGGGUUUGGUUCACGGGGUUUGACCGUCAAAUCAAAGGUUCAUGUAGUCCUCGAGAGUUGCUGGGAAGAAGAUGGGUACUGAUUUACACAACGAUCGGUUCGAUCCAAAUUUCUGAGCUCAUACCAAAAUAUUUCUUUUACAACUUGCGUCGUGUAUAUCGGGACUCGAUUGUGAUCUAUAUCAGGAGGAUGUUUGUUGUGGUUCCUAUAUACAUCUGUUGGAUGUGGUUGCCUCCCGGUGUUCUUUGGCAUCCCAUUCGGACUUAGAGAGUGAUGAUGGACGAUGGGGUCAUGCUCGGAAGAGUCAAACUCAAAAUUUAUGUGUGUGGAAGCGAUUCGCUGAGCAUGAGGUGGUUUUUGGGUUCAAGAGUCAAGACUAUGUAACUUCAUACAAGUUCAGACACAAUGCUGGUUCAUAUGCCUAGCACCUGCUAACAAAAUCUCAAUUAUCUGCAAGGUAUAUCUAAUCAUUUUGUUUUCCACGAUAAAGAAAAGGUAUGACCAUGGGCUUCUAAUAUUUCUCUAUACAUUUGACAUUUUGACAGUUCCUCAAAAAAAAGUAAAUCCAUCAUUGCUAACAUUUAGGAGAAAUUAUAUUUUUCAGUUCCAUAACUAUUGUCAGAGUUUUGCAAGAUUUGUACAAGAAAUCUGAUAGACUUGUUGUGUUUGUUAUGCCCUUCUAUACAUGGUAUUAUUAUUGUGGUGGAUAGGCCAGUCAUUGGAGUUGGAGCGUGGUAGAUGGGUUGGAGCAGAGCGUGGUAGAUGGAUUGGAGAACAGACCAGGUCAUGCAGACAGCUCUAACGGCACAUUAGAGUUAACUUUAUAUUUCUGGCUAACUUGGAGGCUUGGCUGCUUCCCCAUCAGUUCACUACUUCUAAUUGUUCGAGUGCAGUUGUACUCGAGACAAACACAAUCCAGUAAGGUAGUUUGUUCAAAUAGAUCUCAUAUGUUGAAUGAAGAUUAUAAGAUGUAGGUUAAAUUGAAGGAAAUAGGAGAGACCUGCACGUGUACUUAUCAGGUUGAAUUGGGUUUUGAGAAAAUCUCUGAAAGUGAAAACCGUGAUAUUGAUAUGUCUGUGAUUGAUAGUUCAUGCGGUGUUGUACAAUGCAAGAAGGCGUUGACCGUCUUAUAUAUGUAUUGCUGCUCUUUGCCAGAAACCAAAUAAAUAACACUUCUAUGUUGCUGCUCA